CGGUGUCGUGGUGGCCGCGUUCCCGAGCCAGCGGCCGAGGGCAGCGUGCCAGCGGAUCAGCUAAAGCCCGGGGAUGAUGAGCACCGUCGCUGCUGAGCGCCAGCCGGGGCCGGGACCCGGAGGAGCCGCCGGGGCGCGGUGCCGCGGCUGAGGGCGCGCCGAGCUGUGCCGGACCCGCCGCAGAUGCUCCCUGCCCGGCACGUGGAGCCACCGGGGGCCCUCGCCGCGGCCGGACAACGCGGAUGGAAAGCUGCAGCCCAGCAGGGAGCCUCGCUGGCCGGCUGACCCCCUCCCGCGCCCUAUGCCCGCGCCCUAUGCCGGAGCGGGCGCCGUCCCCGGCUCAGCCACCCGACGACCAUGAAGUGCUCGUUGCGCUUCUGCUUCCUCUCGACCGCCUUCCUGCUCGUCUUCGUCAUGUCCCUCCUCUUCACCUACUCCCACCACAGCAUCGCCUACCUGGACCCCGGCGGGCUGGGCGGCAUCCACCGGGUGAAGCUGGUGCCCGGCUAUGCCGGGAUGCAGCGGCUCAGCAAAGGGGGGCCGUUCCCCCGGGGCUGCUCCUGCCGCCGCUGCCCGCCCGAGGAACCCGGGGCCGCCGACUGGUUUGACGGGCGCUAUGACGGAACCGUGUCCCCAGUGUGGACCAAGGAGAACAUGGACCUACCGCCCGACGUGCAGAGGUGGUGGAUGAUGCUGCAGCCCCAGUUCAAGUCCCACAACACCCACGAGGUACUGAGCAAGCUCUUCCAGAUCGUGCCGGGCGAGGAUCCCUACCGCUCCCGUGACCCGCGCCGCUGCCGCCGCUGUGCCGUGGUCGGCAACUCAGGCAACCUCCGCGGCUCGGGUUACGGACCGGAGAUCGACGGGCACGACUUUGUGAUGCGGAUGAACCAGGCCCCCACAGUGGGCUUUGAGGGCGAUGUGGGUGGUCGGACCACGCAUCACUUCAUGUAUCCCGAGAGUGCCAAGAAUCUUCCCGCCAACGUCAGCUUUGUGCUCGUGCCCUUCAAAACCCUGGACCUGCUCUGGAUCGCCAGUGCCCUCUCCACCGGCCAGAUCAGGUUCACAUACGCACCUGUGAAGCCUUUUCUGCGUGUGGACAAAGAAAAGGUGCAGAUCUACAAUCCUGCCUUCUUCAAGUACAUCCACGACCGCUGGACGGAACACCAUGGGCGUUACCCCUCCACUGGCAUGCUGGUGCUCUUCUUUGCCCUCCAUGUCUGCGAUGAGGUGAACGUCUUUGGGUUCGGUGCUGACAGCCGGGGGAACUGGCACCACUACUGGGAGAACAACCGCUACGCCGGGGAGUUCCGGAAGACGGGGGUGCACGAUGCCGACUUCGAGGCACACAUCAUCGACAUGCUGGCCAAAACCAGCAAGAUCGAGGUUUACCGGGGAAACUGAGGGCUGAGUCUCUGGCUCCCUGCUCCAGCAGGUCCUGCUGCCUGCAGGGACAGAGGGUGAGGGUCUCCCUGGUGGCCUCAGGCGACGAGCACGGAUGGGCAGCGCAGUUCUGCAUUGCUGACAGAGCCACCACGGUGGUAUUUGGUGCCUCCAGCAGCCAAUCAGGUUCAGAGCUAAAGGAGACUUUUUG